AUGAUUCCACCAAUGGAUGCUGUGGGCUGGCAGGAGAAAAGCCAAACUCAUCAUACUUGUGCUGUAAAGAUGUCACCCAUGGCAAAUGGGGGGACAGACACCACCAGUGCACCAGAGGAGUGCGACCACGGCCACUCCCCGAAAAGCCGGAAUCCAGAAGAACUGAGCCUCCAAGAAGCACUGAACCUCCAAAACAUUCCUGCGUCCCAUAGGGAAGAUCCCGAAGGGCAGCCCCGUCGCCCACAGGGUGUACCCCCCGAGUUUCACGGGCUCCCAGCCGAGCUAGUAUUCAUACUCCUCUGCUCUAUGGGCCUGUUCCUAUUCGGCCUCUUCCUCGGAAACGUCGUUAUCAACCAAGCCAUAUUCCCUCACAAAUUAGGAGUCAGUGGAGGCAAUACCCCAUGGUUGAUUGGCUCCUUUCUGCUGGCGAAUGGCAUCGCCGUCAUUGUCUCCGGGCCGCUAGCCGACCUGUCGAACCCGAAGGCUCUCAUGAUCCUAGGUUUCGGGUGGCUCAUCAUUUGGGAUAUUGUCGGAAUGUUUAGUAUCCGCCCCUCACUGGCGGUGCUGUUCUUCGUGGUGAGGGCCAUGCAGGGGCUGGCUAUUGGUGUCCUACAGUCAACGUCAAUGAGUCUCCUCGGGCGGGUGUACUCGCCUGGUAUUCGGAAGACCCGGGUUUUCUCGGUCAUGUCCGCACUGACGCCCGUGGGGUUCCUCAUUGGGUGUCUGCAAGGCGGCGCUCUCACAAAACAUCUGCCGUGGAUCUUCGGAAGCAAUGCUCUGGUGUGCUUCGUCUGCGCCGUGGCUUCGUUCCCGGGGAUUCCUUCGUUUGCCCCGAAGCCCGGUGCCCUUUGCAGUCAGCUAUCUCUGAAGGACUUUGAUGCGCUCGGCGCCCUUCUAGCUGCGAUAGGCUGUGGCCUGGUUAUUCUUGGACUCACGCAAGGCGUCCCUAGUGGCUGGAGCCCGUAUACGUACUCACUCAUCAUCGUCGGAGUGCUGUUUCUCGUACUGUUUUACCUGGCCGAACGACGAGCGCCUCGCCCAUUGGUCGAUAAUCGGCUCUGGACCACUCCUGGCUUUCUCCCACUGGCAAUCUCCUAUUUUCUAAGCUACGGAGCAUACGUCGGCGGAUGGAUGUUCUUCGCCGUGCGUUUUUUCCUCACGAUACAGGCCCAUGCCCCCAUCACCGUUGCUUUGUACUUUAUCCCCAACAUGAUCUGCGGGGUCCUAGCCACAUACAUCGUAUCAAAAACCCUGCAUCUAUUCCCAGGACACUGGAUUCUCAUCGCUGGGACAGUCGCAAACACAAUGGGUCCUGUCUUCUUCAUCCCUCAAUCACCGAACACAACAUAUUGGGCUCUUUCGAUGCCAGGUAUUGCCCUCGCCACUUUCGGACCGGAUCUGACCUUCGCAGCCGCGUCGAUCUUCAUCACGUCCAACGUGCCCCGUUCUUUCCAGGGUUCGGCGGGGAGUCUACUCGUGACCAUCCAGAAUCUGUCCGCGGCCAUUGUGACGGCCAUCGGGGACACGAUCGGGAAAGAAGUUACCAAAGCAGGUGGCGACGGGUACGAUCUGGACUUGGAAGCGUUACGUGCGAUUUGGUGGUUUAAUUUGGCUAUUUCUCUCGCGGCGGCGGUGAUUUGUGCUGGCUUUGUUCGCAUUCCGAGAAGCGAGGAGAAGGAUCAUAUGGAGUGA